CAAACCAUUUUUUGAGGAAGAUUUCAAAUCAUCAUCCUUAAAAUGAAACAUUUUCAGAUAAGAUAAAAAAAAAUCUAUUUCUGACAAUAGAAGAAUGAGUAUAGUAUAUGUAGCAUUCAUAUGUAAAGAUAAAUAUGUUUAUGAAACACUAAGUCUCUUUUAACAUUUGAUGGUAAAUUGGGGAUAUUGCAUAUAUAUAGAAUGAGCAGCAGUUUAUGGUAAUCCCCCCAAACCCCCCAAAACAAACAAACAAACAAAAACUCAUGAGUGUAUAUGCAAACACCGCCAUGGGCUCCUGUCCAAACAAAUUAAUAUCCCCAUAACGUUGACGAAGUCGACAUCAGAAAUAGAGGAGUUUAAGUUUCAGUUGAAUUGCGGCACAGAAGUUGUUCAUUUCACUACCUCAUUUCGGAUUUAGAACCACAAAUCCAAGUACCUUGGGUCAUAUCGGAUCUGUGUCACGAAAAGUUCAGAAACAGGUUGAAUGGGAAAAAAAUCGGAUUUGUGUAGUUUCAGACCUCAGUAAACGUAUCAUUCAAUACUCAGGGUUGAUUGGUCUUGAAGAAUACCGGCUCUUUGAAGUGUUAGACGUUCAUCAUUAUAAGCCACUUCAAACACAGCGGCCCUCUCUUAAAAAAAGGCGAAAUUCCCAUCAGCGGAAGGAGAAUUGUUAUUACCGCGAGGAGCGUCUUCACACUGCAUUACCACUCUAAAUAAGUCGGACUGGGGUAGAUGUAACUUUUCCCGGACAGUUUGUAUCUCCUUCCACAGCCUGUUAUGGAGGUUUUCCUGGACACCCAUAGACAGAGAAAACUCCUCAUCCUGUCCCUAUUGAUUGGAAAUGUUGCACUUACAGAGAUAGACUGUGGUCUUCCUAAAGCAGAUGAACACAUGUACAUUGUUACCAGCGGCAGUACUGAGUUUUAUUCAAUGGCCAAAGUAGGCUGUGAAGAAGGUUACCAAAUCUCUGGAUCAAGCUUCAAAAUUUGCGUAAAAAGAGGAUGGUUUGGGCAGUCAUUUUGUGUCAUUGUUACUUGUUCCAAACCGACUGAAGUGAAAAAUGGUGAACAUUCAUGGGAUAGUGAUGAAGAACCAGAAUAUCAACAAAUGAUACAUUAUACAUGUAACACAGGAUACACCAUGGUGGGGAAUGAAAACAUUAGGUGUACCAAAGCAGGUGAAUAUGAUUCCGAGCCACCCCCAUGCAUCACUGUUACUUGUUCCAAGCCAACCAAAGUGGAAAAUGGCAAACAUUCUUGGAAUAGUGACUGUGAACCAGAAUAUCAACAAAAGAUAUAUUUCUCAUGCAACACAGGAUAUACCAUGUUUGGGAGUGAAAGUAUUCAGUGUACCAAACUGGCAAAUAUGACUCUGAGCCACCACAAUGUCUCAGUAAGUUCUUGUGUUUUAUUUCUGGCUACACAGAAGAUUUGCUAUAGCCAGGACAACAUACAGUUUGCAAAUACAUAAGUGAAUUUUGUAAACCGUCUUCCAAUUACUUCUGUAAUUCAUUGCCCAGCCUAUCAUUUUACCACCAUAUAAAACUGACAAUGAUCCAUCCUGUGAAGGAAACCUAACUUCGUCGGGACUACCUGUUCAUUUUCACCUGUUUUGUAGUUUUUUUUGAAAAAGUUUCUCUGGAAUUCCAACAGGUUUUUAAAAGCAAACCUUACCCUGACUUCAAAUGAAAUAUUUUUUUUUAUA